GUGGAUUCAAGCAAGAGGAUUAUUCAGCUUUCGAAGUCGCCGUAGGUAUGAGUGAUAGCGCCGAAUUAAGUAAACCUGCCAUCGAACAUGACAACACCACCGAAAGUGAAGGUGAUUGUAGUGAUACAGAUUUUGAUCCUGAAGAAAUUGAAAAGGAGAUCAUGGGAGUCAAAAGUUUGUUAAGAAGGCAAUGCGCUCGGCACAAGAACGUGGCAACCUUGAAGAGCGAACACAGGCAUUGGCUAAAAGGUGAAAUUUCACUGCCAGGUGUUUCAAAAAACCUCGAGGGUGCAGACCUGCAGGAAACAAUUCAGAUGGUCAAUAAAGCUGAGGAAGGUGAAAGAGCUCGCCGAAUGUCAGUACCUUUUUCAGCUGAUGUGGAAGAAACCGAACUCGAUAUUUCUGUCCAGAGUGGACAGUUAUCAAAUGUUCAUACGGAACUUCUACAUCUCUUUGCCAUUCACGAUGCAAAGUUUCAAAUGGAUUGCGAACGUGAGAGACGCAAUGUAGAAACUUCCAAGAACAAAAUGCACGAAGAACUUCUGAGCAAGAUGGCGAGAAGGAAAGCUACAGAAGAAUUCGAGAGAGAGAGGGCAAGAAAGAUAAAAGAAGUGAGGGAGAUAACAGAGACAGUCAGCGAAGUUGGGCUUGCAAUGGCAGAAACAAACGAUAGGUUGAGUUACGUACACGCUGAUCUGAAAAAUGCCUUUAAAAUGAUGAGGGAUGCUAGGGCCACCAACGAAGAAAAUGAACGGGAGAAAACAGAGGACUUGAAAGAGAUGAUGCUGCAAGAAAUUAGACGACGGCCAAUAAAAAAUGAGAAAGAGAUAAUGGAAAAAGAAAGAAUGAGACGAAUGGAACUAUAUCAGCAACAAAUGAUCGAUCGUCGAGGUUCAGCCACUGACGCGCUGUUGGAAGUUCAAGAACAGUUAUUGAAAAUAUUCUCCAAACUGAAGAGGGAGAAGAAGCUCAGAAAGACUGAAAUCAAACAGAACCAAGAAGACCAGAAGAACCGUAUGCAAGAGGAGCUUUUACGAAAGUCUCAUCAAAAGGAGGUGUCAAUUCAAGAGGCCCAUGAAAAAACCCGAAGGAUUACAGAAACUUUGAGUCAGAUCUCAGACGGUGAUGAAGCGAAAGCUAAGGCUAUAGAUAUGUUGAUUGAUGUUCAGAAACAACUACUGGAUGUCUUUUCUAUAACGCAGGCUCAAGACGUAAAAGACCGAAUGAAUCAUCUUAAGACGUUGAACUGUCGUAAGAACAUGCUGAGAGAGAUCCGAGGCGGGAGAAUUGACCGAGAGAAUAGCAGCGGCUUCCUACCCAAACCACACGCUGGUGCAGCUACACGUAAGUCAGGAAGGAGACUCUCGUUAAUUGGUGAACGUUUGCAACAGGAAGUCAGUCAUGGUCCAUCUCCAGGAAAUUGUGAAGAAUAACAUUGCGUCUAAAU